AUGCCUCUAACAUUCUCAGAGUACCUGGUUCAGCUCACUGAGAGCGUCACCAACGAGGAUGGGCCGACCCUGGCGUACUUGCUUCGUCCGACUAGCCCGCAUGGCAAGGAUUUGGUGAAAGAGUUCCGGAAUCCUACGAGGAAGUCGCUGUCGUACUACGAGGGCGGCAUUGAGAGUCCUUGGGACGAGAUCGCUAUCCAAUACGUACUGGUCGUCCACCAUGUGGCGAAGAAGCGAGCGGGGGAGGCGUUCAAAGAGCAUACACAGCUUGUAUCAUUAUUCUUCAGGUUCUUCACGAGCAACAGUGGUUGGACAUUACCUGCACUCUUCGCUAUUCUUCGCGAUUUGCGUGACCUUGCAUUCGAUGUGAAAUAUACGGUUCAUGUUCCUCCAAGCUGUGAUGCAGACCUGCAAGCGAACAACAACAAGAGCGAAAACAUGGAAGAAGCAGCUCGGAUCAUAUCCAAAGCGUUCGGGAAUUGUGUCACCGACAGAUCAUCCCCUUUAGCAGAGUCCCGAAAAUGGGGUAUAUAUUAUGUGGUGGGGCUGGUUCUGAAGACCUACUUCCGAGUGAAACGAAUAUCAUUAGCGAAACCCAUUUUGCGCGCGCUACGAGCAAAUACCGACAUCCCCCCGCUCUCUGCGUAUCCUCGAUCGCACCAGGUCACAUACAGAUAUUAUGUCGGGAUGUUGCACUUCCUCGACGAAGACUAUGCUCAGGCCGAGCAAGAACUUACGCUGGCUUUCUACAACUGCCAUAUAGAAGCUCAUAGCAAUCAGGAACGCAUCUUGACAUAUCUGAUUCCGCUGAGAAUGCUCAGGGGCCAUCUGCCGUCCCGGGAACUCAUGGGAAGGUUCCCCGCUUUGGACGACUUGUAUGCGCCAUUCAUCCGCGCGAUCCGUCGAGGAGAUAUCAAAACGUACGACGAAGCCCUCGAUAAAUGGGAGCGCAGACUUGUUGAACUGAACCUCUACCUCAACCUCGAAAAGGCCCGAGAACUAUGUAUAAGAGGGCUGUUCCGACGUGUAUGGGUUGUUUCGCAAAAGGGCUCCCGUAUACCCGUGUCGAUGUUUCACAGCUCCCUGCGCUUGUCGGGCAUAGAAGUUCCACAGGAGGAGGCUGAGUGCCUGGUGGCGAACAUGAUAUACAAGGGCUUCAUGCGAGGAUAUAUUUCCCAUGAGAAGCAGAUGGUUGUACUUGCGAAGACAGACGCUUUUCCAAGACUUGCAGACAGGCCAUCGCCUUUCGCUCUGUAG